GGUGGGGAAUAGUGGAUCAUACACUGCAUGAGCACCGCGUUUUGAGGACCAUAGUACAAACUGCAUUUUGCAAGUUCAUUAGGACUCAUUGAGUACUGUAGUUCCGAAAGCAGAAAAUGCGGUGUAUGGUCAUUUAAAGUGAUGUGCUUGAUAUGCAUUUGCUGCAGAAAUUAGCAAUGCGGAAGCAUCUCCGAAUUUUUGUUGGGCCAUGUUUGUCAGUGUCAGCCGAUUAAGGUUGGAGGAUGUGACAUGCCAGGAAGAUGGCUGAAGGCAGGUGGAAAAUCGAUGGCAGCAUAGGAAACGAUGGACACUUUUCCAGAAAUAGACGAGAGGACAUUGGUGCCUAUGACAACGAUGUGACGGUGCAAUCGGAUAUCUCAAUGAGCGUAGGCACCGACGACACGGCCAACUUGCUUGGUGACGAUCGCAGAAGAAGCGUGCUAGAGAAUCUCCUUAAUCGACAAACCGACGGAGAUGACGCUCCAAGACCAAGAUCAUGGCGCGGUCUCGUAAAUGUGGAACCGGUUAUGUUCAUGGUGUCCAUCUCGAUGGGAUUCUUCAUGACAUCGCAACCAACCUUUAUGUACUGGGCAAGAUGUGUACAGAUUGCGAAUGGCUCACAGGGUCACGAUUUGGCAAAUGCCAGUGAAAUAUGUGCUGAUCUAACAGACGAUGUUGCUCUUCAGAAUACUGUCGAGAAAGACAUCGCAUCGACAAAAAUUUAUCUACAAAUAGUCAACAGCAUUCCUACGAUCAUAAUGGCUCCACUGAUAGGAACAUGGUCUGAUAAACAUGGGCGCAAAGGACCUCUUCUCUAUGCAAUGUCGGGUUUUCUUCUAUAUGCAAUAAUUCAAUUAGCGGCUGUGUUAACGUACGAGUAUGUCAAUAUUUAUUACUGGUAUUUUGUAGGCGAAAUACUAACAGGACUCACGGGUGGAAUAGGCAGCGUGUUUGGAACUUCGUUAGCCAUCGUUACUGAUGAUUGUCGGCAUAAGCUGAAGCCAGGCUCGUCCACAGUGCCCAUGAGAAUCGGCAUUGCUUCGUUUGUACAGUCCAUCGGCAGUUUAGCUGGAACAUUUGGAAUGUCUUUCCUGGCUGUGCAGAAUGGGUAUUCAGUCCGUGCGCACAAGUUCAGCUACAUUAACGCUUCCACCAUACAGCUUGGGUUUGUGGUGAUGGCAUAUGUCUAUGCGUUUUUCUUUGUGCGAGAAACACAUUUUCCGCAUCCGGAUGGUUAUCUGUACAAUAACCUUGAAAGAGAACAACAAGGUCGAUCUAUUCCACCUUCAUCUAGUACCGUCACUGAACAGAUCAAGCCUAAAUCUUUACUUACCAAGUUCAAAGACAAUCUUCUCGCGUUAGGCGAGGUGCUGACGGAAAAACGUCCCGGAUGGACAAGAUGUUGCUUAAUCAUGUCGCUUGUCUUCGUCAUGAUGGAGUUUUUGGCUUUAGAUGCAUCGCUAUUGUUCCUACUUGUCAAACGACAUCCAUUCUCAUGGAGUGAUAAGACAUUCAGCUAUUUUUCACUAGCUCGAGGUGUGCUGUUUUCAGCUGGAAUGAUAGUCUGUCCUCUUCUCCUAACGCUAGUUCAUUGGUUGGGCAAGGACAGCUUGAUGAUUUUAGUUGGUAUCAGUGCAUCGGCGGCAUCGUUCUUUGUUCUUGCGCAAGCUCACACUACCUUGGAGAUCUUCUUGACCUCUGCAUUUGGCCUUUUAUGUGGCGGCAUUCCACCUGGUUACCGUUCAUUCCUACCUCGUAUGGUUCCCAAAGAGCAAACAGCACGACUAUUAACGGUAUGCUCGAUAAUCAUGGCAUUUUGCCCAAUGAUCUCUACUCUGAUCUUCAAUUCCAUUUAUAAUGCGACACUAGAAUGGUGGCCAGGGUUUGCCUUUUUUGUUGGAGGGAUUCUUCAAGUGCUCGUCGUUAUUGGACAAGGAGGUAUUCAUAUUCUGAUGCGUCCACAAUGGCUUCUUGAGAAGAAAUUGAAGACACAGAUGCAAUCCAACACAGUGGUGCCAGUAGGUGGAGACGUGGAGGAUAAUGAAGCCGGUACCGUAUCCACCUCUGCCAGCACAUCACUCCAAAAUGAGACGGUUGCCGAGCAGCGACGUGGAAUAAAUCCACAUCCCAUCUAAAAUAUACUCUGCGAUACAUUUAUAUUCACUUGGCAAUGAUUAAAGCGGGAUUCUGUGUAGACAGAAAUCAAUUUUUUUACGGAAGUUUCGAAGUCCUAGUCGUGUAUAAUGCCCAAGUAACGUCACUUUCUCUGUGUCUGUCAUGUAGACCCUACGAUUCUGUAUAUAGUGUAUAUUGGCAAACUAUCUGUACCCUGUCACUUUGUCAACUAAUAAACUGAAUGAAUUUUCAACAAUAAAAUAAUCCC